CAACUAUCACAUGAAUAUUUAGAAAGUGGAAAUCACCGAGAAACAAUUCGGCAUUUAGGAACAUGCGGUAAAACGAUCGGACCAGUGGUAGGCAAACGAAAAAUGAUCGUUUCAUCUUGCCGCACUCCUUGAACAGCUGUAUGUAUUGCAUUCGUGCUUUGUGAAUUGUGAACGAGCAUUUCACAUGCAACUAUUGAUAUGAAUCGCAGGUUUAAUCGUGGAUAAAAUCAUUCAUCCAUAUGCCUCUUGGCAGACGACGUAAAAGUACACAGGGGGAUGCAAAUUCGACAGAAUGCAUAGAAAAUCGAAUGACUAUUGACCCUAGGGAUGCAGUGAUCGAAGAUAAAAACACAAAGGGAGGUAACAAGUGCAUCGAAGGAUCCGAUAAUAAACCGGAAAAUACAGCAGGGCCAAGUGAAGGUCGGAAUGGAAAAGUUCCCAGGCGAAGUGGGGCAGUAACAAGAUCGAAUUCAACAAGAUCGAGAAUUGUCAAAAGACCAAAAAGAGACCUCAGUCCACCAGAAUCCCCCGUUAAGAAAUCGGUAAAGGAGAUCAAGAGUAGUACCCCAGAGACAAAGACCAAACGCCAGUGGGAGCUAUGGAGUACAGAGGACAAAGCAACAUUUUUUGAAGGAUUGUAUGAGCACGGCAAAGAUUUUGAUGCCAUUCAAAAUGUGAUCGCUCAGAAAUGCAAGAAGAAAGGGGUGGCGCCACAGCUCAUUAAGAACAAAGACCAGGUGCGCCACUUCUAUUACAGAACCUGGCACAAAAUAUCAAAGUUUGUGGACAUCGACAAAGAAACCAAAAAAGAGACCCAAGAGUUGUAUGGCCUGAUCAACUAUGGUGUAUUGUGGAAGAAGCACAAAGCAGCUUUGAAUGAUAAGAAUGGUUUGAAGUUGGAUGAAUUAAUUCACACUGGAUCCACCACUAUCAAAAUCAAAGGAAAGAACUUCAGGAUCAAGACACCUACCUGUAAUGCUUUGAAGAAAAUCAACAACAUUGAUGAUCCCAAACCUGAAGAAGAAACAGGUGUCCAGGUGCCAGACAGAGUUUACCUGGACAUAAACCCCAGGACCAAUGCAGCAUGGGCAUAUGUUCAGGAGAUGUCCCAAAACCCCAGGCUACGAAUGAUGCUGAAGCCGGAGAAAAAGCUAUCUUCAAUUAUCAAGUUUCUGAGUCAGAAGUGGAAACCACACAAUGUUAAACUUCGUGAGGAUCUCGAGGGGGGAUGUCUCCUGGACAAGGACCUUACUUUGUUUCCUCAUCAGGAGUGUGAUGUGGUUCCUGUGUCUCUCAAGGCAACAAAGGAACGUAGGAUACCACUAGCAUUCAACAACUACAAGGAAAACUUGCUAAGUUCACCUUCUGUAACCAAAGGAAAGAAAGGAGACCUUGCUAAAAACCAUACAGAGAACUCGUCCGAGUUGAAUGCUUUGUCUGUGAUAUUUGACUCUCCUCGUUCUAGUAAAGUCCAAACGAAGGACCUGCCAGCUCAGGCAGCCACUAGCUCCUUCGAUGUCAGUGCUAUGGUUGAUGAUGAAAAUGCUAUGUUUCCAGAUAAUAUGAUGUCAGCUGCAAAAAAAGGGUUGGAAGCUGCUGGAGAUGAGGCUAAGGGAAGUAACUGUGAUACAAAGGGCACAUCAGUGGAGUUAGCUGAGGACAAUGCUACAGAGAAAGGUGCUGAGGGUGGGAGUAAUGAUGAAGCAAAUCCAGUGGUAAAUGAUAGUGGGGAAAGUGAGAAAUCUGGUGAUGAAAAGGAGUAUUUAGAAACGAAAAGAAUGAAGGAGAUUUUAGAAAAGGGUUGGAAUAUGAAUAUGGCUGACAGUUUGACAGUGGCUGAGUUGUAUCUUAUGUUUGGAAAAGAUGGCAAACUACGCCUGGAAUAUGAGUGGUGUGUUACCCCUGAUGACCAGUUGACUUCCAAACUGACCAAUAUGCUGAGGAGAUUGGUACACCUAGCCACAACUGAGUUCACUGACUUCUCAAAGACAUCCAACAAUUCCAGUUCUCCAUGUCAGACUUGUGGAGCCAGUAAAGCAAAGGGUUCUGGUGCUCGUAAUGCUGCUGGAAGCAAGGGACAAAAACCCAUGGGGAAAUACCCUCUUGUGUCUAAGAUGGGUGGUGAAGGAUUAGUGGAUGUUGCUACCCAAACAAUAUCGACACUGCAAAACAAACAAAAUGAAAAUUCUAGUCAAGGCAGCAAAGAUGCCGUUUUCCGAGUGCCAGUUGCGGGUCCGUCCUUUCUGCAAAAAAACACAAAAACGAGUGUCAAUCAAAUAUCCCUACACCAGAUGGAGCUCUAUACUAACACUCACAAGGGGCGGCGCGUACGCCCAGUCAACAGGAAGCCUAUGGUGGUCCAGAGAACACUCUUGCCUAAGACCACGCCAAGGCAGAUGUUGACCUUUGUUCCCAUGCCAACGAGUUCUACAGUGACUGCUGUUCAGAGCCCAAACACAAUCAUUGGACAGCCCAUGGGUGUACCAGUCAACAUACAAGCACCUGGUGUUUCUCCUGUGAAUAUGCCAAAUACUCAAAUCAGCAACAGAAUACUGCAAAAUGCUACCGUCUCUGGUGGAAGGAGUACCCUUCCAAUACAGACCGGUCUCCCUGCUACAGCUACCAUUCUACCAGGUUCACCAGUGUCCUUACAGAACAAUUUAGUGAGUGCUAUAAGUGGGGUGGUAGCCGUGACAUCUACACCUGUGUUCACAAAAAGUACACCAACCAAGGAGUCUAGCUCCACGACAUCCACAACAGCAGCAAACAUCAUACAUCAUUCCAUUUCACCGCCAAGUAUUUCAUCUCUGCUGGAUAUUUCUUUGUCCAACAUACCUACAGACACUGAUAACACAGAGAAACUCCUUGAGCUUGCGAUGGGAAAUUCAAACAAUACAAACCAUUUUGAAGAUCUGCUCGGUGGUAAUAACCAGAAAAAGUAUCCCAAUAGUGUUCUUAACACCCCAGUGAAGUCUGAAAGCAUGAACCUGUCGCCACCACACAGUCCCAGCCGUUCACUAUGGCCCAAUGAGGAUACUGGCGAUAUGCUGAUGGGCCUUCUAGUGGAAUCCCCUCUAAAGAGAACAUCAGACGUGGUAGCUAGUGCCAACCUGUCAUCGCUGUCCAACCUCAUCAGCACAAACUUAUUCAAUGAGAAUUCUCGAGACUCUAUCAUGGGUCGCAGUGAUAUGGAUGCCUCCCUUCAGUGCAUGCUAAAUGAGAACAGCAUAGACUAUGUUGCCAAGUUUGCUGAACUGGCCAACCAUAUCAAUCAGAAUGAAAACACACAGGAAGCCCAACAAAAAGUGCCAAACAAUACAUUUAACUAUGAUGACACAGAGGAAAAUAUUCUACUAAAGAGCAGUGCUGACAAUUCUAGAUUAAAGGAAAAUGCAAAACAAUGUGAUGAAAGUAUGAAAAUGGAUACUCGUUAAUUGUACAUGUAUAGACCUAUAGUAUUGUGUUGGUUUUUUACACAGUAACAGGACAUACAUAUAUUCAGCAUGACAUAAUUUGAAAUUGAAAAGUUAUAAAAAAAUUUUGACAUUUCCACUCGACACGGAUGAUAUUUUAUUGGCAAUUCUUUCAUUGAGUUGAAAAAGUUUUGAAAAGAUUACAGCGAAAAAAAUUGUUAAUUGAUUUUCAUACAAUAUUUAUAAUCCAGUAUUAGCCUGUAAUUAACAGUUACGCAUACAGGAGAGGUAGUAAUGGCCGCAUCAUGCUAGAUAUAUGGUUCACAUGUUGGAAAUCCUGAAAAAUAUACCGUUUCAUUGUUGGCUUUAAAAGCAAAUGUUUCAAGUGUAUUCCUUCA